CCCAACAGAACGGAAGUUCGUGAAUCUACGAAACAGAGGAAAGCUGCGAGGGGUGAUGCCUGGCUGUGUACAUUAUCAAAUAACGUAAUCUUAAAUACCGCGGAGCUGUUUUCAGUUUCCUACGUCUAAUAAGGCGCCGCCGACGGAAGACGGAAUGUCUGCCCAAGCUCAAAUGCGAGCGCUGCUCGACCAGCUGAUGGGAACAGCGAGGGACGGUUCAGUGUAUCUUUGCCAGCCUACAUCAAUCUGCAAAGGAGUUGCAGAAAAGCCUCAUGUUCAUCGAGCCGUGAGUCACACAUAAUUUUUAAAGCUGUUAUGAUGAAUAUCCAAACAAUUUGUUUGCCUUGCGGAAGUUAAUGUAGCCUUUUUUGUAAUCACUCAGAUGAGUACAUUUUCAGUGGCACUUGAAUUAUAUUUUUGGAGUAGUACUGUAUUAUACAGUCUGAGCUAAGACGCCUGGUCGCGCUGAAUUCAAACGAGCAUUUUUCCAUUAGACGUCUGUUGUCAGAAGGCAAUUUUAGCAAACAGUCGAAAACAAAACCUUUGCACACAUCAUUUACACUCUGACUUGUGUAUGACUCCCAACUUCUUACUACAGGUAUGGGCAAGAAAACUGUUCCCAUUUAUACUUUUCUACAGCGGGUUUAAAAUUCUGCAGCUGAGGUCUUGAAGAUGCAGAAGGGUACAGUAUGUGGUGCAGAUCGCAGUGUGUAUAAACUACAUUUUUUCCUUGGUUUUCUUUUUGUAUUUUUGUUGUUCAAUGAUGUGUAUUUUUAAGGGCUUGGCUGGAACUUUUGUCUGAAUUGUUUAUAUUUCUUGUUACAGAUUUACUAGUAGGCUUUCCUGCAUAGUCAAUUUUUCAACUGACAUGUAAUUAAAAAAGAAAAAAAAACAUAGUCAAUUCAUAGUAGUUCUGUCCAGAUUAAUUACCAUGGACUAAUAUUUUUACUUUGCUUAAUCCUUUGGAUGCUCCAUGCUAAGACUGGCUGUUGAGCCUGAUGAAAGUUAAGCUGAGUGGAGAGAUUCUAAUAUUUCCACGAGGUUUGGGUAAGCACACCAAGACGUCUAGAAUGACAGUCACAUGUAACUCCUACAGUGUUAACGCUUAAAUAAACUCAUUCCCUAGAUGCACAGUUAAUUCAUUAUGUGUUACACAAAUUAAGUAAAAAAAAAAAAAUGUUGAAACACUGGCAAUUGGAAAUAUAAGAAUUUAAGUAAAGCACUGGAUGACCUCGCAUAUGCUGCCAAGUAUGUAAGGUCCUUCUCACUGGUUGAUUGUUUGGAUUGUUUCAGGAGAUGAGACGAGGCAGAGGGUCAAGUUCACUGACGAGCGGGUCUGCAAAAGUCAUCUUCUCAACUGCUGUCCACAUGACAUCCUGUCUGGAACUCGCAUGGACCUGGGAGAGUGCACGAAGAUCCAUGACCUGGCUCUUCGGGCAGAUUAUGAAAUUGCCUCCAAGGAGAGAGAUCUGUUCUUUGAGCUCGAUGCGGUCGAUCACCUGGAGUCAUUCAUUGCCGACUGUGACCGGAGGACGGAGCUAGCCAAGAAGCGCCUUGCGGAAACCCAAGAGGAGAUCAGCGCUGAGGUGGCAGCAAAGGCAGAGAAAGUUCAUGAGCUGAACGAGGAGAUAGGAAAGCUCCUGGCCAAGGCUGAGCAGCUUGGCGCUGAGGGAAACGUGGACGAGGCCCAGAAGGUUCUGCAGGAAGUAGAGAAGGUUCGCACCAGGAAGAAGGAUGCAGAGGAAGAGUACAGAAACUCGAUGCCGGCCUCCAGCUUCCAGCAGCAGAAGCUUCGAGUGUGCGAGGUGUGCUCCGCUUACCUGGGUCUCCAUGACAACGACCGCCGCUUGGCAGACCAUUUUGGUGGGAAGCUUCACCUGGGCUUCAUCCAGAUCAGAGAGAAACUGGACCAACUAAAGAAAACUGUGGUUGACAAGCAGGAGAAAAGGAACCAGGAGCGCUUGAAGAGACGAGAAGAGAGGGAGAAAGAGGAAAGGAUGAAGAAAAGGACCAGAUCACGCAGCAGAGAGCAUAGAAGGUCCCGCUCCCGUGACCGCAGGAGGCGGCGCUCACGCUCCACGUCACGAGACAAGCGCCGUUCACACUCGCGCUCCAGGGAGAGGAAGAGGCGGCACCGGAGCCGCUCCCGUUCCCGCAGUCGAGGCCACCGUCACAGCCACGAGCACAGCUCCAGACACAAGUCUUCCAGGGACAGAGAGCGCUCAUCCAGAGACCGGUCACGGGAGCGGGACAGGAGGGACGGCAUGAACGGCAGGUCAGACUCUCGACGGGGAGAGGACAGGGACAUGGGUGACAUGUGAAGACGCGACUCCAUCCACCACUGACACACACGUCUCUCUGGUUUUUAGUAACCUAAUGUUUCAGUCUUUGCCUUGAACCCCCCCCCCUUGUCCUCCCGCCUGCCUCCUUUCUUUGCUUUAACAGUUACCACAGCUGACCCAGUGUACACACACACACACACACCUGAGAUAUCUCGUGGCGUCACUUGUCCAGCAUCCAGAUUUAUCGGACUGCGUUUGGACGGCGGGGUGUAGUUGUUGAUCCGUAGUGGAGUGUAUCGUAAUACCCACACCUGUGAUUUGGUGGCUGUCUGUCAAACACACCCCUGUGUCUUGUUAUUACAACCAUGUCCCGAGAAUCUGCUGGAUUAAAGCAUUAGAAUGGAGUUUAUCCGUAUUCUUUCAGUGGAUGGUCUUUUGAUACAGAAUCUGUCUGUAACUACAGCGUGUUUCAGGGGCCUAAAGUUUCGUCCUAUCUAUAUACUUUGUUUAAAUCGCCCUUGCCCCUGCUUUGACUGCAGUCCUUGAAUGUUUGUCUACAUUUAGUCUCCUGUACUUUGCUGAUGUUUGAGGAUGUGGAUUCACAAUGAAGGUCUAUUUUUAAUUUGGUCAUAGAAUCAUCCUUUCCAUCACAUUGUCCAUUAUUUUUAUUUCAAAUCGUGUUUGAUUUUAUGCUGCCAGUGAGUGAAGAGAAACUGUUAAGUUUGGCCAGUGCAGGUCAAUGCGUUGUUUUUAAUUUGUAUCGGUAGCAAACGUUGAGUUCUGUUUUAAAAAAAAAGAAAAAAGAUUUGUGAUGAUGAUGAUAAUAAAUGGAAUCUUAAGCGUCAGUGUUGGCAUGUGACACAGUAGUUUCAGAAGAACAUUGGAAAUUCAGUGCUAAAAAAAAAUGUGUACACCUUGUGUCAAGUCAAAAGUAAUGAUUUUUUUUUGGCCCAUUUUGGACAAAUUCCUUUUGAGUAGAUUUCUACUUGAAUGCAGACAGAUUUGUUUUGCUUUACCUAAUGUGGAGUCAUUUGUUUAUGUUUAGCUGGACAGCUUUCUUUAAAAUCUCAAUAAAAAAAAAACUCCUACCAUUUUA